UUUUUCUGGGUUUUAUCAGGGUUUAGUGAAAGUCCAUCUUCGCAUCCCUUCAAACCCUAAUAAAACCACGAAUCUUUCCCCCAAAUUCUUCGAUUCGAGUCAUCGAUCCCUCGCCAUGGAUGCUUCCCCGAGCUACUUCGACCCCGAAAACCUCAGUAGCCGGGAGCAGUAUCGCCGCUACAGGAAGAGGCAGCCAACCUCGAGCAUCUCGCCACUUCUCGGGAAUUCAGUCUCAAAGUUCUCAGAAGCUCGGCUUUUGUACGAGGGCAACAACAUUCAGCGCCGGCAGAAUGCUGCGUUGCUUCUUGAAGAAAUCAAGCAGGAAGUUGAUAACUUUGAUGGUGAUGGGCCGGAAGGAAUUGCCUCCAAAGCUGCGGGUUCUGCUAAGAGGCUAGCAACGGCUGAUGGGUAUGCAGCCAGUGGAGGUUUAGAGUCCGGUCGGACAAUGGCGAAUCAGUCACUGAAGUUGUGCAAGCUUGAAGAGGAUGUGUUGGCGGAUGGUGGGGAAUCAACUUUUUCGUUGUUUGCUUCUCUUCUUGAUUCCGCGCUCCAAGGAUUGAUGCCUAUCCCUGAUUUGAUCUUACGUUUUGAGAACACAUGCCGAACUGUUUCUGAGUCAAUCAGAUAUGGGACUACAGGCAGACACAGAGUGGUUGAGGACAGGUUUAUGCAGCAGACAGCUAGGCUCUUGCUUGAUGAGGCAGCUUCUUGGUCACUUCUGUGGUACCUCUUUGGGAAAGCAAAUGAAGAAAUUACUGAAGAUAUGAUAUUGUCACCCACUACUUCACACCAGGAAGCUUGCCAAUUUGUUUCGACUGAUCACACGGCUCAAUUAUGUCUUCGAGUGGUCCUUUGGUUGGAAGGAUUAGCCUCAGAAACUCUUGAGCUGGAGAAGAAGGUGAGAGGUUCUCGUGUUGGUUCCUAUCUUCCAAGCUCUGGUGUUUGGCAUCAUACUCAGAGAUUCUUGAAGAAAAAAAAUGAUGAUCCUGCUAUUGUAAGGCAUGUGGAUUUUGAUGCUCCAACACGUGAAUUUGCUCACCAGCUCUCGGAUGAUAAAAAACAAGAUGAAUUACUUCUAGAAGAUAUUUGGACCUUGCUAAGAUCUGGAAGAUUGGAAGAAGCUUGUGAGCUCUGCCGUUCUGCAGGGCAGCCAUGGAGAGCUGCAAGUCUAUGCCCAUUUGGUGGAUUUGACCAUUUUCCUACUAUUGAAGCAAUGCACAAAAAUGGAAAAUCAAGAACAUUACAAGCCAUUGAAUUGGAAAGUGGCAUUGGACGCCAAUGGCGUCUUUGGAAGUGGGCAUCUUAUUGUACCUCAGAGAAAAUUGCAGAGCAGGAUGGUGGAAAAUAUGAGAUGGCUGUGUAUGCUGCUCAAUGCAGUAACUUAAAGCGGCUGUUACCAAUCUGUACUGAUUGGGAGUCAGCGUGCUGGGCAAUGGCCAAAUCCUGGCUUGAUGUGCAAGUGGACUUGGAGUUGGCUAACUUUCAUCCAAGUAGACUGGAAAAUAAGCAUUAUGGAGAUGAUGUAAACGGGAGUUCUGUGCUUGGAGGUCGGACUUCCUUGCCUUCAGCUGGUCCAGAAUGCUGGCCGGCCCAUGUCCUUGAUCAGCAGCCACGGGAUAUUUCUGCUCUUCUCCAGAAACUUCAUUCAGAUGAGAUUGUACAUGAAACUGUAUCUCGUGCAUGCAAAGAGCAGCAUCGUCAAAUUGAGAUGAAACUGAUGGUAGGAGACAUAGCACAUCUUUUAGAUCUUUUGUGGUCAUGGAUAUCUCCAUCAGAAGAUGAUGAGAACUUUAUCAGGCCUCAUGGUGAUCCUCAAAUGAUUCGUUUUGGAGCACAUGUUGUUCUUGUUCUGAGAUACCUGCUUGAUGAUGAUGUGAAGGAUGCUUUCAGGGAGAAGUUAACAACUGUUGGUGAUCUCAUUCUUCACAUGUACUCCAUGUUUCUAUUUUCCAAGCAGCAUGAGGAACUUGUUGGAGUUUAUGCCUCCCAGCUUGCUCGUCAUCUUUGCAUUGAUCUCUUUGUUCACAUGAUGGAACUAAGGUUGAAUGACAGUUUACAUGUCAAAUACAAACUCUUCCUUUCGGCAAUGGAGUACUUACCUUUCUCUUCUGGGAAUGAAUCAAAAGCAAGUUUUGAAGACAUUAUUGAAAGGGUUCUUGCAAGGUCUCGGGAAAUCAAAGUAGGUAAAUAUGAAAAAUCAACUGAUGUUGCAGAGCAACAUAGAUUGCAAUCUCUUCAAAAGGCUACAGUUGUCCAAUGGCUUUGCUUCACACCACCUUCAACUAUCAAUGAUUUUGAGAUCAUCAAUGCGAAGCUCCUCAUGAGAGCAUUGAUGCAUAGCAAUACACUCUUCAGGGAGUUUGCGUUGAUAUCUUUGUGGAGAGUUCCUAAAAUGCCUAUAGGAGCACACAUGCUACUUAGCUUCCUUGCAGAACCUUUAAAGCAACCUAAAGAUUCUCUUCUUUCUUUAAAUGAACAAGAUGUAUCUGAUAAUCUCCUUGAGUUUGAAGACUGGCGAGAGUUUUACUCCUGUGAUGCAACAUAUCGGAAUUGGCUUAAAAUUGAACUGGAGAAUGCAACUGUUCCUGCUGGAGAACUAUCCUUUGAAGAGAGAGAUAGAUCUACUGCUGCUGCUAGAGAAACACUGAAUUCAUCAUUUUCACUGUUAUCAAGAGAUGGAAGCCCGUGGUUGAGUGCUGUUCAUAGUAGUUUAUAUGAUUCAAUUGAGCAAUCAUAUCUUGAACUGCAUGCUACUGCAAUGCUUUGUCUACCUUCUGGCGAGUGUAUGUGCCCAGAUGCUACAUUAUGCACUGCUUUGACAAGUGCCCUCUAUUCUUCUGUUAGUGAAGAGGUUGUCCUAAGACGUCAAUUGAUGGUUAAUGUUGCCAUUUCUUCAAGAGAUAACUACUGUAUUGAAGUAGCACUUAGGUGCUUAGCCAUUGAUGGUGAUGGACUUGGGCUUCAUGAAGCAAAUGAUGGAGGAGUUCUUGCUUUCAUCAUGGCAGCUGGCUUCAAAGGAGAGCUGAAUCGUUUCCAAACUGGAGUCACAAUGGAAAUAUCCAGGCUGGAUGCUUGGUAUUCAGAUGCUGGUGGUUCUCUUGAAAUUCCUGCCACCUACAUUGUUAGAGGACUCUGUCGCAGAUGUUGCUUGCCGGAAAUCAUUCUUCGAUGCAUGCAGGUCUCCGUAUCCCUUGCUGAAUCAGGUGAUGCAUUUGAUCGUCGUAAUGAACUGAUUGAGCUAGUUGCUUCCUCCGACUCUGGAUUGCUGCAGUUGUUUAGUCAGCAACAAUUGCAGGAAUUUUUAUUAUUUGAAAGGGAAUGCACAUUGUUCAAAAUGGAGUUACAGGAGGAACUUUUUAUGUCUGAUGUUUGAAGUGCACUCUAAGUGUAUAAAGGUAUCUGACAAAGUAGAAAUGGUGAUCUUGAUUACUAGAUUUGUAUUAUGAUUAUAUGGUUGUGCGAGGCUUCUUCAGCCUUUCGUCGGAAAGUCGAUACUUUGUGAAGAGUUGUUGUCUUUCAACCAGAGGCCGGAGAGAUGGGGAUCUAUUAAAUGUUUUGCAUUGGUGACACAAUGGGAACUAUUGUUUUAAAUCUCUUGAAAAAUUGGGGAUAUUAGCGCUGAAAGUUCUGACAUUUUCUUUUUUAUUUUUUCCUUUAUGUAUUUGAAGUGGUAUACACCAGGCUUUCCUUUAUUGUUGGGAAAAAAUGGUGAUUUUAGUGCUUUUUUUUAUUAUGUAUUUGUAGAAUUAUAAUUAGUGACAUUUGAUCCAAUUUGCUAUAUAUCCUAUUUUACUUGUAAAAAAUAUUUGU